UUUCCUGUUACGCCAUUCCUCUGCGACGAGACGGCAGUUCUGUCUAGCGCAUGUAGAAGCACAACAAAAAAUGAUAAAAUGCCAACUUGCUGGCUCAUUAGUGAGGAGGGUCAUCAUAAGCCCAUUCAACUGCCUCAUUCACAGACAGUUGUCCUGGGUAGGGGCCCCGAAACGACCAUCAAAGACAAAAAGUGCUCUCGACAGCAAGUUGAACUGAAAGCUGAGUGCAACAAAGGUUAUGUCAAAGUUAAACAGCUCGGCCUAAACCCCACCUCUGUAGACUCUGUGGUGGUGAGCAAAGGCAAUGAGGUCAAAAUAAAGCCUGGACAAAAGCUUUAUAUUGUCAAUCAGCUGUAUCCAUAUACUGUGCAGUUCAAAGAGGACCCAAGUGGGAACCACAGUGGCACCAAAAGACCAAGAGAGGCUAAUUUAGAGGACAGUGGAAGCCUGAAAGAGGUUCAGAGUGUAAAAGUGGCAAAACAGAUGGAAAAGGACCCUCUGUCUGUCAGCCAUGGAGAAGCCACAAAAACAAAUGAAAGUUUUGGACACUGGAGCCAAGGCUUGAAGAUUUCAAUGCAAGACCCAAAGAUGCAGGUGUACAAGGAUGAUAAAGUUGUUGUGAUUAAAGACAAAUACCCCAAAGCUCGCUACCACUGGCUAGUCCUUCCAUGGCAGUCAAUUCCAAGUUUGAAGGCUUUACGUCAAGAGCACUGUGAUCUGGUCAAACACAUGCAGCAAGUUGCUGACAACAUGGUUCAGCAGUGCCCAGAUUCUAGCUCACUACGCUUCCGCACAGGCUACCAUGCCAUCCCAAGUAUGAGUCAUGUUCACCUCCAUGUGAUCAGCCAAGACUUUGACUCUCCUUGUUUAAAAAACAAAAAGCACUGGAAUUCCUUUACAACAGACUAUUUUAUGGAUUCUUGUGAUGUCAUUCAGAUGCUUGAAAGAGAUGGAAAGGUCACCGUAAAAGAAGGCACCAGUGAGUUGUUGAAACUGCCUCUCCACUGCCACGUGUGCCGGAAAGAGCUUCCCACUAUACCUGCUCUGAAGGAGCACCUGAAGUCUCACUUUCCCAGAUAAAAACGUUACCAGAAACAACUGCUUAUGUUUAGGAUUUUCGUGAUUUUGAUAAGCAUUUUGGUCUUUUUUGUAUAAUCUUGAGUUUCAUUUAGCAGUAAUAAUUAUUUUACCGGACGACGAUAUGUGUCUUAAGCUUCAGUUGUGUUUCAACUUUUCACAUUUUCUUAUGACUCAGAGGAAGGUCGGUGUCCAGGUGCACAUUAUUCACUGUGGAUACGAGCUGUUAUAAGAGUCAUCCAAAAGAUUUAAUUUUUGUUAGUAUAUUUUCACAUGUUCCAAGUUUACAUUAUAUAUUGAAUGUUUUCCAAGAAUUAUAUACUGUUUUUUCACUUAAACUGAAAGAUAAAUGUUUGUUAUAAGCCUAA